AUGCCCGGCCCCGACCUUCUCUUCCCCAGCAGCAAUGGCCCAACCGACCCCUUGCCAUCCGCGCCCAUCCGCUUCCCUCGGAAUCUGGCCGACUUCUGCGCCGUCUGGACCCUGAAGUCAGUCGUGCACGUCUACACCUCCCUCCUCCGCCUGCUCUCCCUCCUGCGCUUGCGACCGCGCCCAUCGCUUACCCGGACCUAUCCCUGCGCCCCGCAUUCUCCUGUCCGCAUCUUCCUUCCAUCCGCUUCCCCCCGCGGCACCGCAACCUCGCCCCCUCUGCUCAUCUCCGUCCAUGGCGGCGGCUUUGCCUUGGGUGCGCCCACCGUCGAUGACGCCGACGCCCUUCUCUACGCCCACAACCACCGCAUUGCCGUGGCAAAUGUCGGCUACCGCCUUGCACCGCGGUCGCGCUUCCCCAAUCAAGUCCACGAUGUCGCCGCGCUUGUCGAAGCAAUUCUGGAUGACCCGCUUCUCCCAGUCGACCGUUCCCGCGUCGCCAUCUGCGGCUAUUCGGCCGGUGGAAACCUGUGUCUUGCGGCGAGCCAAUUGCGAGGCCUGAGCGAGAGUGGCCGGAUCAAAGGAGCCGUGUCAUUCUAUCCUGUCGUCGACUUUGCCCUCGACCAUGCAGCGAGGGUCGCUCGGGCCCAGGCAAGCGUGGCAAGAGAUGCACCGAACCAGAGCUUCGGAUGGGUGCGGUGGGGUUACGUCCCUGAGAGACAGGACUUGCGGGAUCCCUUGCUGAGUCCCGUCUUCGCGCCAAGAUCCAAGCUGCCCCAGAAGAUCUGUCUGAUCGGAUGCGAGCUGGAUAUGCUGUGCGAUGAGGCUGAGCGGAUGGCCGAGCAGUUAGCUGCGGAAGAGGGCGAGGGAAGCAAGAUGCCGGAAGGGGAGUCUGGUUGGCGCACGAGGAACGUGAGGUGGGAGAAGGUUCUGGCGCAGCCGCACGGCUUCAAUCAGAUGGUCGCGAUCGGAGAGAAGAGGAGCUCUGCAAGGAGAAGGACGGAGAAAAUGCAUGCCGAGGUAGCAAAGUGGCUGUUCGAAGAGGUGUUUGUGUGA